AUGGCGUCCGGCUCCAGUCUUCCGCUUCCCCACAAAGCACCGAAACUCGGGCAUAAGAAAUCCAUGUUCGGUUGCCAGCGUUGCCGAGCUAGAAGAGUAAAGGUGGUAUGCAACGAGGAAAAGCCGACCUGUCAUAACUGCAAGCGCCACGGCUUGCCUUGCAUCUACGAUCGCAAUGCAUCCGUAAAAGCAGCCUCUGGGAAGCCGACCCUAGCUCAGUUACCUACCUACAGGCUUGAGGAAAGCGACCCGCCGGAAAGUCGCACGCGGCGAAUGAUAGAGGCGAGGUUGAUGCAUCAAUAUGUUGUUGAGACGGGAGAAACAAUUGCGAUUGACCACCACACUAGAGGUUUAUUCUCUCGGGUGGUUCCGAAAUUCGCCCUAGAGUCCGAUGGCUUGUUAUAUUCCAUGUACACCGUCUCAGCCCUACACUUAGCAAAGCUUGGUAGAAGCGAAGAAAUUGUGGGUGGCGCCGAGAAUGCUGCUAAUUCAUACUUCUCUAUGGCCGUUCGGGAACAUAAUAGAGAGCUAUCAAAUGUGAACAAACAAACGGCAGAUGCAGUCUGCUUAACAUCAUGUUUGAUAAGGGCUGUUGCACUUCUCCAGCUCGAAGGUCGAAGUUAUCAACCUUACACGCCGCCAUGGCAAUGGCUCGCUUUAAUACAGGCAUCUACAUCAACAUUCGUCGAGGUAGUAAAGCGAACGGGUCCAGAUCCUCAGUCGCCAGUCUUCCAAUUAAUUAAGGAUACUCGCGGUAUACACAAUGACGGAAAACUAUCAAGCGUAGGGGAUUAUCAGAGAUGGCAACAUCUGAUGGACCGCCCCGAGGAGAUUCGAGCUAUCGAGCCUUGGGAUGAGGAAAUCCAAAUUACCUAUCAGCGUAUACUCACUUACAUGUGCACUAUCCUUGACCUAAUAGACGAGCAAGGGCUAUCAUGUAUCGUCUUAAGAAUGUUAAUUAUGUUUCCUAUGCUAGUAGGACGACGAUUCGUCGAACUAGUUCAGGAAGGAUCACCAAGGUCUCUAGUCAUACUCGCUCACUACUUCGCACUGCUAACGAGGUUUGAGAACAUCUGGUGGGUUGCCAAUAUAGGAGCUGAUGAGCUCCGCGCAAUCGCUGGCAUACUGCCUGACGUAUGGCAAGGUCUACUCGCCUGGCCACUGGAAGCUAUAGAAAACAAAUAA